GUUUUGACAAUCCAGAUAUUGAAGAUUAUGAAUUCUUUUUGGAAGGCAAGCAUGAUGUUGCGGGUUUAGCUUUUAUUGUUAAAUACCGAGAUGAAAUAAUUGAUGAUACCCUUGCUAAAUUACUAUCAUAA